AUGGCUCCAUCACAUUCCGCCACUCUGCCCAUCAUUCCUCUGCCCCAUGGCAUCGUGCUACUCCCAGGUACUAUCCAGAGAAUACCCGUUUCUCCCAGCCGUCCGGAUAUACCGGCCUUGCUCUCAACCGUCUUCACUCGUGCCGCUGCCAGCGGUUCCAAUGGCCGCAUAGAAACCGUUCCUAUCGCUUGCGUCCCCCAGGCUCGCCUGUCACCCUUGAUGGGACCCAAUGGCCAGCUUCUGAUCGAAAACGGCGAGCGGGACUACUCGAAACCCGCCCAAGAUGACUCGGGAAGCAAGAUAUCCAAGUCUGAUCUGUUCUCCUGCGGUGUUGCCGCAAAGAUCACUGGCGUCGAAGGCCGUGGAACUGGCGACUUCUCUUUGAUAGUCGAGGGCGUCACAAGGGUCAAGGUGGAGAAGAUUUAUCAAAUGCAACCAUACUUCGAGGGCAAGGUCACCUAUCUCAAGGAUAAAGUAUCACAAGAUAAGCCCUUCGAUGAACUAUUCCAGGCUCUGAGGCUUCUUUCGAGAGAGCUGGUUGCAAUACUCAGAGUGGCUGCCAUAUUCAGGUCAUCAGGUUCCCCUGGUCUGUCGCCUCUAUUGGCCCGGAGGCUUGACUUCUUCAUCAACAAGAAGACGCUGGCCGAAGCCGGCUUACUUGCAGAUUUCAUGGCCAACGUUGUUGAUGCCUCCUUCGAGGAGAAGCUCAAGGUCCUGUCUCUUUUUGACACAAAAGAGCGAAUGGUCAAGGUCAUUGAGCUACUUGAACGGCAAAUCUCUUCCAUCAAAAACAACAUUCGAAUCACAACUUUCACGACCUCUUCAGUUCCAGUCAUCAUCGAUUCCGACGACAAAGACCAGGAAUCACAGCGCAAGCCCAACAAGCCCCUCGUCCCAGUGCGUGGGCCUGGAAGUGGGUUUGGCAUUCCUUUCUCAGGCUCGAGAGGAAUGAACGGCCCAGCAGGCGGUGACGACGACGAGCCCAACGAGAUAGAGGAAUUGCAGAAGAAGCUUGAAGCAGCAAAACUAUCUCCAGAAGCAGCUAAAGUGGCUGAACGGGAGCUCAAGAGGUUGAAGAAAAUGAUACCGGCACAGGCUGAACACGCAGUCACAAGGAAUUACUUGGAGACAUUGGCCGAAAUUCCUUGGACUAAUGUAACGGACGACCGACUCGGACCUGGAACGCUGACAGCAGCAAGGAAACAGCUUGAUGACGACCACUACGGGCUGGACAAAGUGAAGGCCAGGCUUCUCGAGUACCUUGCUGUACUGCGACUGAAGCAGUCUGUAAACGAGGACAUAGACGCAAAAAUUCAGCAGGCCGAGAAAGAAAAUGCGGCUUUGGAGACGAGAAAAAAAUCCGAAGAUGACGCUCCUGCUCCAGAUGGUCUAGAUGAGCAGGUCAAGGCAAGCACAGCCAAGCUCGAAGUGCUGAAGAGCAAGCGGAUGGUUGACAAGUCACCAAUCUUGCUUCUCGUCGGUCCUCCAGGAGUUGGAAAGACGUCUCUGGCGCGAUCGGUGGCCAAAGCUCUGGGCAGGAAGUUUCAUCGAAUUUCGUUGGGAGGUGUCCGAGACGAGGCAGAAAUCCGUGGUCACCGCAGGACUUACGUCGCCGCGAUGCCGGGCCUUAUCGUGCAGGGCCUGCGCAAGGUCGGAGUGGCCAACCCCGUCUUCCUGUUGGACGAGAUCGACAAGAUAGGACAGUCAAACUUCAACGGAGACCCGUCUGCUGCUAUGCUUGAAGUGCUCGAUCCCGAGCAGAACCACACGUUCGUGGACCAUUACAUCAACAUCCCAUUGGAUCUGAGUAAGGUCCUGUUCAUCGCUACAGCCAACUCUCUUGAUACUAUUCCUGCUCCUCUGUUGGAUCGUCUGGAAAUGAUUUACCUCCCCGGAUACACUACCUUGGAAAAGCGAUACAUUGCUACGUCUCACCUUAUACCUAAGCAGGUGCGCGUUAAUGGUCUCGAUGAAGACCACGUCAAGUUCACCGAAGAUGUUGUUUCCAAGAUCAUCGAAUCCUACACUCGUGAAGCAGGAGUUCGUAACCUGGAACGAGAAAUUGGCAGCGUAUGCAGAGCCAAGGCAGUUGAAUACGCCGACGCCAAAGACGCCGGCCGCCUGGAAACAUACAAGUCCAUGCUCACCGUCGAAGACGUCGAGAACACGCUGGGGAUAGAGAAGUUCGAGGAAGAGAUCGCUGAGAAAACCAGUCGUCCGGGAAUUGUCACAGGACUUGUGGCUUACAGCUCCGGCGGCAACGGAUCCAUCCUAUUCAUCGAAGUGGCCGAUAUGCCCGGCUCCGGGACCGUACAGCUGACAGGAAAGCUCGGCGACGUCCUGAAGGAGAGCGUCGAGGUCGCACUGUCCUGGGUCAAAGCGCAUGCUUUCGAGCUUGGGCUAGCCCAAGACCCGUCGGAGAACAUCAUGAAGAACCGUAGUAUUCAUGUGCACUGUCCCUCCGGGUCUAUUCCCAAAGACGGGCCCAGCAGUGGCAUGGCACAGGCGAUUGCGCUGAUAUCCUUGUUCUCGGGGAAAGCUGUGCCACCUACUAUGGCCAUGACGGGCGAGAUAUCACUUCGUGGCCGAGUUACAGCAGUGGGGGGCAUCAAGGAGAAGUUGAUCGGGGCGCUUCGGGCUGGUGUUCAGACCGUCCUCCUGCCUGCCCAGAACCGUAAAGAUGUCAAAGACCUGCCCCAGGAGGUCAAGGAUGGUCUGCACAUUGUCCAUGUUGGCCACAUCUGGGAGGCUCUCCGUCACAUCUGGCCAGAAGCGCACUGGCCCGAGGAUCACGAGCUACCGGGAUACCAGAGUCGGCUGUGA